AAUUUCGUAUUAAUCUUAUGAAUUUUUCAUGUUUUUAUCUGCAUAGUGACCUUCAAUUCACAGGGUUUUCAUCCGCAAUUGCUUCAGUUUGGUUAAUUUAUGUUAAUUAGUCGGUGUUUGUGAUUCUGAACAACUAGAAGAAAAUUGUGGUAUGGAAGAGCACCUAAGUUUACGUGUUGAUCCUGAUGAAAAAUCUGAGGCUCAUGGUGUAGAAGAGUCGUUGAUUCAAUCAGUAGAAUGUCGAAUCUGCCAGGAGGAAGAUAUCAUCGAAAACGUGGAAGUUCCUUGUGCUUGCAGUGGCAGCCUCAAGUUUGCUCAUAGGAAAUGCGUUCAACGAUGGUGCAAUGAGAAAAGAGACAUAGUUUGUGAAAUCUGUCGUCAGCCUUACAAACCUGGUUACACUGCUCCCCCACCUCAAUCUGAUGACACCCUCAUCGAUAUCAGUGAUCCUCGAGUCUCGGCUAUGUCAGCUGCUGAACAGCAACGACUGAUUGAGUCAGACUAUGAUGAGUAUGAAGACAGCGGUGCCAGUAGUGCCUCUCUUUGUCGCUCAGCUGCCAUCAUCUUGAUGGCUCUUCUGCUAUUAAGGCAUUCUCUCAGUAUCGGAGAUGAUGAUAGUGAUGAUGAUGAUGAUCCUUCUGUCAUUUUUGCUCUUUUUCUGCUUCGGGCAGCUGAGUUUCUUCUUCCUUGCUACAUAUUGGUCUGGGCAAUCGGUAUAUUGCAACGCUGCAGACAAACACAGGAAGAUGAAUCUCUGGCGGCUGCCAAUGUUCCAUUCAUGACUCAGGCCGAACAACACAGAGGGUUGAAUGUCACCAUUGCACCAGGACCCGUCGUGGCUCCAACACCCACAUCCACACCGCCAGUAAUCUCCACCCAUGAUACUAUUCAAUAGCGUAUAUAUUUGUAUCUAUAUGAAAUGAAAUUUGAGAUGUUAUUGCCCGCGUGUGAGUUGUGUGUUACGGGCUGCCAGAAACCUUUUUACCAACCUGAUUCUUUUCGUGUAUCGAGAUUGUACAUAUUUAUUUGUUAUUAUAAAUAUGAGAUAUAAAUGGGACCCACAUUGGAAUA